AAAUUCCUAAAGCCAAAGGUUUCGUCAAGGCUUUCCCUUUUCGCUUAAUCGCUUUCCUUUAUUUUUGAGUCAUUUUGAAGACAAGGAACGAAGGAGAAACACAGAGGAGUGAGUGACAACACCCUUCUCUCUCUCUCUCGUCAGCGAGUCCGACCGAGCGACCAAACUGCCCGACCAUGUUUCGACAAGCGCCUCGUCUGUUGGCCAGAGCCACCUCCAUCAUGAGGGCUAGGUCCUUCUCCACCGAUCUUCCCGCGGCUCCCACUUCCGAUUCGUCGUUCGUGGAGGCUUGGAAGAAAGUGAUCCCCAACAUCGACGCACCCAAGACUCCCCUCUCUUUCAUGCAGCCUCGACCGCCGACGCCUCCUUCGAUUCCCGGGAAGCUCACUGUCAACUUCGUUCUUCCUUAUCAAUCUGAGCUCGCAGCCAAGGAGGGACGGCUGGUUCAAAUUCUAGGAUUACCUAAUUGGAGAAGUUUGGUUCAUUGGGUAGACAUGGUCAUAAUCCCAGCCACAACUGGGCAGAUGGGUGUUCUGCCUGGUCAUGUAGCCACCAUUGCAGAGUUGAAGCCUGGGAUCUUAUCUGUGCAUGAAGGAAAUGAUGUGACCAAGUACUUCGUUAGCAGUGGAUUUGCAUUUAUCCAUGCAAACUCUAUUGCAGACGUAGUUGCCGUUGAAGCAGUACCGAUUGACCGAAUUGAUCCAGCCUUGGUUCAAAAGGGCCUCGCAGACUUCACCCAAAAGCUUAGCACAGCCUCGACCGACUUAGAGAAAGCCGAGGCCCAAAUUGGGGUGGAUGUCCACAGUGCUCUCAACUCUGCACUCACGGGCUAGUGGUAGUUCUUUUACUGUUGCUUCAGUCUUUUAGUUGUAUUUCUCAGCUUCACUGUCAUUUCGUCUUGAGCAAGAAAUUUUCAAGUGUUAUCUCUUUCAGCUUUUCUUGAAUGCAAGAUAAUGAAUUCUCCUUGUUUAGGUUUUGUCAUACUUAUUUCUAGCAAGUUAAAAUAAAAUUCUGGACAUUCGUUGGUCCGUCACUUGACCUCA